AUGGAUCGAUUCCGGCCAGGUUGGGUAUACGACACCACCGAUCAAGAGCCACUACAGAGCGAUACGAUCGACGGUCUAGCGGAACUAAUGGGCUUGGAUCCAAAGGAAUUGAGAAAAACUGUGGACGAAUUCAACGCCGCUAUCGACGACAAGGAAUUCGACCUCAUGAAACUUGAUGGCAAGAGAACCCAUGGUCUCUCGCCCGACAAGACCAAUUGGGCCAAUCCCAUUGCUAAGCCUCCAUUCUAUGGAUAUCCCAUGAAAGCGCAACUUACCUUCACCUAUGGCGGUCUCAAAUGUGACCUUGAUUCCAGAGUUCUUUCGACAACGGGGGUUCCUAUUCCAGGACUGUACGCUGCCGGAGAGUUAACCGGCUUGUUCUAUAAUGAGUGUAAGUCCACCUCUCGCAUUGGAUCAGUCGCUCCGGUUUUCUAG